GACAUAAAUGGAUAUCCAUGAAUUUACGGGAUGCAAGGUCAAGUUAUAAUAUCAAGAUUUGGACCGUGGAAUGGUAACGGCUAUAGUGGCCAUCCUAUUGAUAAUAAAAAUCCAAUUUACUUCUCCCAGUUUGUUAAUAAUGACAAGGAAAUAUCCUACAAAAAAGAACUUAGAAGUUCGGUUAACCAAAUAAGGAUCGUUCUGACAUACGAUGGUAAGACACAGAUUUUCCAUUGGAACGAGCGAAUCCAAGACUGGAUAAUGUAUGGAGAUCUUAAAGUAGAUAGUUGUGAUCGUUAUGAACUCUGUGGUCCUUAUGGAAUCUGUAGCAUUAGUAAGCAUCCACCUUGUACUUGUAUGCAAGGUUUUGAACCAAAAAAUCCAGAACAAUGGGAUGCUUCAGAUUGGUCAAGUGGGUGUCAAAGCCAAAAGCCUUUGAAUUGUGGGAGUGGGGAUGGCUUUAAAAAAAUCUCAGGUGUAAAACUACCGGACACACGACUUUCAUGGUAUAAUUACAGCAUGACCCUUGGAGAAUGUGAAAUGUUUUGCAGAAAGAAUUGCUCUUGUACAUGUUAUGCAAAUUUAGAUAUCAGAAAUGGGGGAAGUGGAUGCUUGAUAUGGUUUGGUGAGCUAAUGGAUAUCAGAGAGUAUGAUGAUAAUCACGACAUUUACGUAAGAGUGGCUGCCUCUGAGUUAGCAGGUUUUAUCGACUCCCAGUCGGAUUCCAAGAAAACCAAACGAAUACUUAUAGCGGUGGUGGUUACUUCUUCAGCUGUGCUACUUCUCUUUGUACUGUCAUAUGCCUCGAUAAAGAAUAUGAAAAGGCCUGUCAUGAAGGGGGAAGGAAUCUUUAAACAUCUCGAUGAUUUACCAUUUUUUAGCCUAUAUGAAGUAGCCAGGGCUACAGGUAAUUUCAGUGUCUCCAACAAGAUUGGAGAAGGUGGGUUUGGGCCCGUUUACAAGGGUGUGUUGGAUGAUGGGCAAGAAGUAGCAGUGAAGCGGCUCUCAGAAACAUCUUUACAAGGUCUUGAGGAGUUCAAGAAUGAAGUCAUUUGUAUUGCAAAACUUCAGCACCGAAAUCUUGUGAAGCUUCUUGGACACUGCAUCCAUAGAAAUGAAAUGAUUUUGAUUUAUGAGUACAUGUCCAAUAAAAGCUUGGACUCAUUUGUAUUUGAUGAAACAAGAAGUUUGAUGCUUGACUGGCCUAAGCGUUUUCACAUUAUUCUUGGGAUAGCUCGAGGUAUUCUCUAUCUACAUCAAGAUUCCCGCCUUCAAAUUAUCCACAGAGACAUCAAGGCAGGUAAUAUAUUACUGGACGGUGAUAUGAAUCCAAAAAUAUCCGACUUCGGCCUUGCUAGAAAGUUUGUAGGCCAUGAUACCAUGGCAAACACAAAGAAAGUGGUCGGAACAUAGUAAGAAUCAUCCUCCUUAACUACUUUAAACUUUAUUCCCAGAACAGAAAAGUAAGACGAGAUUAAUGAGAAAUUCUAAAAAUAAUCUGUUUGCUUAACUAUGCUAUAGUGGUUACAUUUCUCCCGAGUAUGCAAUAUACGGGCAUUUCUCUACAAAGUCAGACGUAUAUAGUUUUGGUGUUCUGGUGCUGGAGAUAGUGAGUGGGAUGAAAAUCAGAGAAUUCUCUUAUAAACAUUGACCCGAAAAUUGUUGAUAUAUUUGAACCGUAACCUUUUAUCAUAUACCAAAUCUGUGUUCUGUUUUGUUGUAUGUAGGCAUGGAGACUCUAUAAAGAAGGCAGGUCUAUUGAAUUAAUGAGUGGAUCUUUACAGGCCUCAUUUGUAGUCUCUGAAGUAUUAAGAUCAAUACAUGUUGCACUGUUAUGUGUGCAACAUCAAGUAGAAGAUAGGCCCACUAUGUUGUCAGUGGUUCUGAUGCUGGUUAGCGAGGGAGCAGCAUUGCCUGAACCUAAACAACCAGCUUUUUUUAAUGAAGAGAGUUGCCAUGAACUUGAAUCUCUUAUAUCAGUUGAUAAUGGUACCAUAACACUACUGUACGCUCGAUAGUAAGCACAUGUUUGUUCCUCAGCAACUACUGCUACAUAUUUUCUCCACCUCUAGCUUGUUGCUUGAUCAGUUGUCCCAUAUUAAAGAUUAAGAUAAACUAUCACCUACACGCAUAGUUCGUGUUGUGUCAGAGAUAUUUGUAUCUUCAUUAUGAUUGAUUGAUUGUUGUCAUCUUUCUUGAUGUCUAGACUAUCUACAUAUAUUUGGAGAGAUUUUAUGGUUAUUUUAUAAUUUUAUGUACAUACAAAACAUUGAUUGUAACUUUUGAAAUUUGGAAAUAAAUCCAAGUAAUUGUAUGGAGAAUACCAAAUUAGAGUAUUAAGUUUGG